AUGGACACUCGUGAAUUCGAUCGCAUGCUGUUAUGUUCUUUCAAUGCCAUAAUCGAUCCUCUGUUAUUUCAGCUCCUUGAAAUCCUGCGCAGCGAAUACUGGCCUGGACUUGAAAGCGCUGCUGUUGGUGGUGGCCCAAACAAUUGUGCUCUACCCCACCACAAUAACAACCUCCUUCAAGAGGUCGAUGGUCGAUUGAAUGACCUGCUGCUGCUCUUAUUGUCUGCCGACAACAUUAGCCAAAGUAUAUGUCCUCUUCUGCGACAGACUGGCUUCGCCUGUCUCUUGGCUGCUCACCCAAAGUCACGGUUAGAAGCCCCGGAGAUUUUGCGCCGUUCCCACUGUCUUCUGCGACAAGAAAUGCUGACGGCCUCCGUACCGGUUGGCCUCGACGCUGCAGCCACCGGUCUCCUCACUCUCGUCUUCUGUCUCACAGAGGACAGCAGCGACUCUUCCAGGACUGCGUUUUUAUCAAUUUUGGAUAUCUCUUCCAGCAGACCCGAGGUAGUUCUUGGUUUUUUUACAGGAUUAAAAGAUAGCUUUUCGAAGUAUGCUUUUUUGCUGAAUCUCAAGGUCCUAAAUAAAAUUAAUUCAAUAAAGUAUGCUGUAGAAGUGGUCGAAACAGUAGCAAGUGUCUUAGUGGCUCCCAUUACAAUGAACAGAUAG